AUCCUGAUCGGUAAUUUUUUCGAUCACGCGCAUACCGAUUUUCUCUCGCCACACGCACCAGAGAAAGCUCCGCACGGCGUAGCGGCUCUCGAUUCCGAGCGUUAUUUUUUAGAAAAGAAAAUAGUUGCCGAUCGAACAAGCCCAUUGUGAAAACAAACAAUCGAAACCAGUGCAAUUACGGUACCUGAAUUCGCGCUCCGAUUCGCAUCCUCUCUCGCCAGAGAUUUCCCGCAGCCAAAAGCACAAGUCAGAGAGCAACACACUCGUGUACCGAUUUUUCUUCCCCUUGCCGAUCUUGUUGCGCAUAUCUGGCGCAUCGACUGCAAAUACAGUUUCGUUUUAUAUACCGAUACGUGUAGUAUACUGAAAAAGAAACGAAAUAAGAAACGAGAGAGCGAUCGAAGAAAAGGAUCGGACCGUUAUAUGCUCGUGCGCGCGUAAAAAGCAAUGCAAUAUCCUCGGCGGCUCGAAAUCCAUUAAAGAACCGCUCGAUGCACCGCAAUCGCCGCCCGGACGUGUAAUAUAAUCGUUCUUAAGCUUCGCGCGCGCGGGAAGAUGAUCGCGACCGUUGAUGCAUCCCCGAUCGGUUGGUGUGCAGUAUGCUCGACAACAACUCGAUCCAUACUUCACUGAUACGUUUUGCACAUUGUAUCGUAGUUUGAGUUUAUACACCUACGAUUUCGAGACUAUCGCGUGUGGCACUUCUCGCGCGCUCGCGGCUGUAUAAAUCGUAUCUAGGUUACCAGGCACGCAGCGUUCACAUCGUGCAGUAACAAUAAGAAAAGAAACUGGAACGAUGAAAUUGUUUUAUUUUAUUUAUUUUUUUUUCAUUUUUUCCUCGACCGCGCGCGAGAGCGAGUGUGAAAAAUGACCUGUUGCACUUUCGAUCUCUCGAGUGCGAACAAUACCGAUCGUUUGGCUAAGCUGUAUUAUGAUAUAAAGCUCGAGAAGCAAAAGGAAAACGAGCGAGGAAAAAAGAGAUCGGCAUCGCAGCUUUCACGUACGAGAGCGCAAUCAGUGUAAAUAAAAAAAAAAAAGCGACCGGUUCCUUGCGUCGAAAUCCGAAAAUCGAGCGCAUGUGCGUAAGAUAAGAGAUACAUGUACGUAUAUUCAUGAAGCGAUGCUAUAUGGAAAGGGAUGCGCGACGCUGCUGGUGAUGUCAUAUACCGGUCGAAUUAUAAGCGAGAGGAGAAACAACACUCGCGAUAUAUCUCGGGUCAGAUGUAGGCGCGAUGAAGCUGAGUGAGAGAGAAACUUAACGAAAUUUGCAUAAAACCAGGUCAGAGCGAAUAAAAGCUGCAGUUGCCGAUUUCACUAGGACUGCCUUUGUAUAUAUAAGUAUAUCACACAGCUCAGCGCUUAAUAAGCCGUAUAUACGCUAUAUAGUAUACUCGAGAGUAAUUAGCCGACCGAUUGUUCGCUGAAUGAAUCUCGGAUUUUCCUUUCUCGAUGUCUGCGCGUGUCUGUAUACAAACACUUUCUACGUGACUCGACGGCAAAUAAAAAAGAAGCGAAUUUCUCUCUGUCGAGCAGCGAAAAUGACGGAUAGCCGGGCCAGAGGACGUCGCAUUCCUCUCGCAUUGUGUCGCCGCGUGGGAUGUGUGUAUAUACCAUACCGACAAGUGGGUCAAGUUAUUAAACAUACUGUAUGUGUGUGUGUGUAUGUGUGUCGCGCUAAUGCAAAUCGGCUGUUUCUAAAAAAUUGUUAUAUAGCCGCGACGUUACACGCGGGUGUGUAGCUUCGCAAGAGCUGAGACGCGAAACGGUGACAAUAAGCGUAAGUAUAUAUAUAUAUCUAAGACACAGAGAUAAGCGAUCGUUUCUAACUAAGUGUAUAUACGUGUAUGCGCGAUCUAGUAUACACACGCACAAUGAGCCGUGUGCGUGGCUGUAUAUCGGCGAUGAAUCAGUGAGUGGAAGAAAGGCACACUUUCUCGCCGAGGGACUUUCACCGUCGAUGAAGUCGUGCUCGCAAGGCUAUACUUGUAUACACACACACACACACACACACACACAUGGCCGAAAAAUCCUGUCGGCUGAUUUAUUAGACAGUUCCGGAACCGCGUCUCUCGCAUACGUCCCUUUCGAUUACUUCAUAGCCGCGCCGAUGGCUACCGAGCUUACACUUGUUUUCUUUUUUUUCCGGUAGCGGCACACAGCUCAUCAACUAUUAACAGUCGUGUAACGAUCUCGUUUUACCUCUAUAUAGACGAAAAUUCCGAUGUGUCUGGAGUAGACCUAGGUUUAUUUGAAUUUCAAGCGUAUACGUGCUCCGCUAUUUUCAGAGGUAUUUUUAGGAGCUUCUAAUCCUUUUCACUACGAUAUUUCAUCCGCGUGUCUCUACAGUCAUCAGAUGCGUAUACCUGGAUUCGGAGAAACUUUACGAGUCUAACGAAUUUUGAUCAGUCGCGAAAAUAGGCUGAUCGAGCGCUUUGCCGAUUUCGACGAAAACUCGUUUAAAAGUUUCUUCGCAAAAGAGUAACAGAAAAACUUUUAAUACUCACAGCUCCGCGCGGUAAUUACGAAAGUCCAUACGGCGCGAAAAAUUCAAAUGAGAGAAACUCCCGCCACAUAUUAGACGUUGUACGCUGCAGACUCCGAGACGAGGGUCGCGUCGUGCACCCGAUCCGCAUAACAAACAGAGAAGAAGAGCCGUGGCUCGGUUACGUAAGACGUGGCGCAACGAAAUUGCCAAUGUAUUAGCCGAUGUCUAUAGAACCAGGGGUUUUCCCGGAUCUGCACCCGGACCUCCUUUAAGUAUAUACAUAACACCCGCGCGGUGAGUUUCAUAACGCGAUUCUUCGGAUAGCCGAGAGAAACUUCUUUUCACGUGAUCGGGGUAUAUACGAGCUCGCGGAAGUCGCUCGAGGAUUUCUAGACGUCCUUUGAACAAGUCCAGUCACGUCGACCGCGUGGAUGAUCACUAGCGCAGGUAUAUAGAUCAUCACAGGAUUUGAUUAGGGAUAACGAUAAAAGUACAGAAGCUCAACGGCCACUUUCAGUCCAUUAGCGCUCGCUUAUAAAAGAAUCUCUCCCUGGGUUUUUCCGCGCGCGCGCGCACUUUCGUUUAAAGAAAACGCGCUGAUCCCGAGAGUGCAAUAAAGAGAAGCCCGUGUACGAUAUAUAAUGUAUGUGCGCUUUUAUUUUAUGCCCGUAUAAAGUGAAAGCCUCGGCUUUUUUCCGCUUAAUUUUUAUAUACGCGGCUUUUAAAUAAGUUUCGGGAAUUACAGUUAUCGCGGAGCUCGCGUUCCGGAUUCACAUUAAGAUCUCGUAAUUCUUAACGAGCUGCACGUUUACUGUUACACGUAUAUAUAGUGUGCUUGUCGGUUGAUCGAAGGAAAGUGUCUUGAUGAGCCGAUUUGGGAAGGGAUUAUAAUGGAUUUCUAAUAAUCGACGAGGAUUUUCACUGCCGAAUAAUUACACGUAUAUAGUGUUGUGUGUGUGUGUGUAUAUAUAGUUAUAUAGAUGCGCACGCAGUUGUCGCGAUGUUUACGAAUACUCUGCAGCACUUUCUCCCGAUGCGGCUGUAGAAAACGUAAGAUUAUAGACAGCUGGUGAGGAGGAUCGCCUUUUCAGAAUUACUUUCGAUUUCUAAUAGUUCCACUAUAGGUGACGAACGUCGUUCGUCGGAAAAUUUACCGGCUUCGUUCGAUGUUGUGUUGACCUGCUCCAAAUCGAUUAUCCGCUGUUUAAUUGCUCUGUUUUUCCAUUGUAGGACUGUAUUUGAUAUGGACCCUAAUCGCUGCAAGUUUGGCCUACACUGAAGAGGUCUUGCAAAUCCGCAGCCAACGCCCAACCUACGGCUAUGGCCCUCCACCAGCGCGUGGUCCACCUAUGUCCUACGGACCUCCACCAGGUGGACCCGUCCGUCGCUGGUCUGAGCCGGAGCUUUCCUGGUCCGACUCAGGACCUAUGCGAGGAGCCCUGCAACGUCGGGACACCAGGCUACGUCCUCACCUUCAACUCGUCCGGGUCCAGGAGAAGACCGACCCCCUGACCACCAUCACCGAGACCCUCGGCGCUCUCAACACCGUCGGCAGCUACAUCGUCAACAUGACCCGCGGCGUCGAGUCGUCCGAUCCUCCCAAGGAGCUGCCCUCGGCUCUCUACACCAUUUCCAAGAACAUCCUCGGCAGGAACGUCACGGACAGCAUCGCGCCGUUGGUCCGAGGUGUUACGUUGCCGCUGAGGCCUUCGAACUCCGUCCCAUCGCCAGCGAUUUCUCCGGCGCCUCUGCAGCCAACGACGUCGACUCCGUCCCCAGUUCCAACCUCGACCAUCUCGGCUCUGUCCAACAUCCCACACUCCACGACCGAACUCGCGGAAACCAACCCCAACCAAGCAUCCCUCUCGGAAGCUUCCAGCAACAUAGUUGAACAGGUGAUCGAUCGCGAUCCAAAGGCCAGUGGCUCCGACUCUCCGCCGAGCUGUACCACCGCCGAAGGUGGCUCAGGAAAGUGCCAGGACCUCAGCAAUUGCCCGUCGCUCUUACUCGACCUCACCAAACUCCGACAGUCGAUAUGCUUCAAGAGCCUCUUCGUACCCGGAGUCUGCUGUCCUUUCGACAAGAACUCAGUGGUUCCUCCGUCAGUGCCGAGCGUUACGCCGAGACCGACGAGCAAACCGACGCCGCGACCGAUUCCGCUCUUCACAGUGCCAACGACAACCAGACGUCCGCUCAUUGAUGGCUCGACCGACCUUCUGGGUAACGGAACCAACGGCUUCGAGUCUAUCGACAAUAACUUCAUUCAAGACGACGAUGAAUGCGGUGUGAGAAACGCCGGCAAGUACCGUGUGGUAGGUGGUGAAGAAUCGUUGCCAGGUCGUUGGCCCUGGAUGGCGGCGAUUUUCCUUCACGGAUCAAGGCGAACGGAAUUCUGGUGCGGAGGCUCGCUUAUCAGCAACCGACACAUCCUCACUGCCGCUCACUGCACUCGCGAUCAGAGACAACGACCAUUCCUCGCUAGACAGUUCACGGUGCGUCUAGGUGAUAUAGAUCUCGAGAGGGACGACGAGCCCUCAACGCCGGAGACUUACUCCGUCAAAGAGAUUCACGCACACUCCAAGUUCUCGCGCGUUGGAUUCUACAACGACAUCGCCAUCCUGGAGCUGGACCGACCGGUUCGUAGAACGCCUUACGUCAUACCGAUCUGUCUACCUCAGACGAGACACAAGGGCGAACCCUUCGCUGGAGCUCGGCCUACGGUUGUCGGUUGGGGAACGACCUACUAUGGUGGUAAGGAGAGCACGGUCCAACGUCAAGCAGUCCUACCGGUCUGGCGCAACGACGACUGCAACCAGGCUUACUUCCAGCCGAUCACGAGCAACUUCUUGUGCGCCGGUUACAGCCAAGGUGGCAAAGACGCCUGCCAAGGUGACUCCGGCGGUCCUUUGAUGCUUCGCGUCGAUAAUCACUGGAUGCAGAUCGGUAUCGUGUCGUUCGGCAACAAAUGCGGCGAGCCUGGCUAUCCUGGUGUCUACACCCGCGUCUCCGAGUAUCUCGAUUGGAUCAAGAGCAACUCGCGAUGAUGAGAUGAAAAUUGACGAUGAGUUGUUGAUCGAUUAUUGAACGGGUUCGACCAUCAGUGAAGGAAUUGCGAGGUCUUGAUCGCCACUGUCACUGCUGUCGAGACGAAUGACCAACCCGAAUCGCCAUCCCUUUUUUAUACCUAGAAUUUUCGAAGCGUAUGUAUAUAAGUAAACUUAUUGUAGAUUUGUUGUUGAAUUUUCGAUGCCGGAGAGAAAGAGCGGUGUGAUGAGCGUCGGAUCUAUGAAUUAUUUAUGAAAGAAGCACUAUUUAAUAACUGUUUGUACGUAAUGUAUAAGGAGAUGUAUAUAGAAACGAAUAAAUUAAUUAUUUGAAUAA